CAUAGGUGAGGAUAUGUUGAUUGGUUUUUCAGGCACCUGCUGGUGCGCGUAUUAACGCCAGCAUUGAUGAGAUCAGUACGGCGUGGUAUGGCCAUGCCAACCUUCCUUGUCCUGACUACGUGGAACUGAGAUAUCAGCAGAAUCUCGCACAAGCCGGCCCGCGCUUUUGCGGAAGAGACUGCUAGAGGAAGGCGUCAUUGCCGAGACAACCGAGGUUCUGCUAAUGAUGAGGAGCAAGACACCCUACGGCAUAUUCUUUCAGGCCAGAUUCAUAAUCACGUGCGAUGAGGACGACAACACGGCUGCCGCUCCGCCAGCGAUUCCAAAAGCUUCGGCGCUGAUAGCAACGACCUCGCCGGCGCCGACAACAGACUCCGAUCUGCUGAUACGUGCAACUGUUGGCAGAUUCGCUAUACCGACGACAGGUAGCGAACAGCCUGCUACAACCACGCGGCGGCCGCCCAUGAGAGGUAUGGUACGUGCUGGCAGCAGCACGACAGAAGCAACGACGAGAGCAGGUCGGACGUCAUCGCCAUCAUCGUCAACACGCCGACCUCAACCAACAACAACAACAACACCGCCGCCGCCACCUCGUCGAUCAAGAUCAACGACAACAACUACAACAACAACAACCUCUCCUCCUCCUACUGCUCCUCCCCCUACCACAACAACGACAACCGAAAAACCGCCACCGCCCACAACAACAACAACAACGACGACGACUACGACUACGCCGAGGCCGGUAGCAGCUCAAAGCAGCACGCGUUCACGUUCAACGUCAGGGGCUGCGCAGAGAGCAUCCUCGCGACAGAAAACAGGAGAAGGCGAGACGGCGGCGGUCGAUCGCCCGCACUCACGCACCAACACGCGGAGAAACGUCCGCCAACGCCAACGAGGCAAAUCGUCGGCCAGCACGGCCACCAGGAGGAAAGCGGCGAGCCGACGACAGGUGCAACGUCGACGCGACGAUGCCGACACUGUGAACGCUGCUCGCAGAACACACGCGAACUCGCGAGACCAGAGCGCGACUGACGACGACGACGACGACGACGCGGACACUGAUACACAGGACAGGUGGGCUAACUGGUCGCCAUGGUCGGCAUGCAGCCGGACAUGUGGCUGCAGCACGCAGACUAGAAGGAGGGAAUGCAUAUCGGACAACUGCAGUCGCACCUAUCGGGAGCAACGUCACUGCUUGGACAGGGAGGUGCGGCCAUGCGGUAUCGGGAGAAACAGGUACUGCUGCCGCCGCUGGAAGUACAGACACGACAAAUGCGUGCCAGACUUCUACGACGAUGCCGAAUAAGAGCAGGAGUAUCACUACCACUUAUGGCGGCGAUUCGUAUCACAGUUGUUCAAGUCUGAAUACGUGCGAGAUUGCGCGUAGUGCCGCCGAAAUUAUAGCCGCACGCGAUUAUACGAUGUCUAGUUAAACUACGUUAGGUGAUCCUACAGAGUAAUGAUGUAACCAUACUGGAUUCCUGAAGAAUGUUGGUAUAAUCACAGAAUCAUAUUUAACUUAAUAAAUUGAUAAGUAAUACUCAGUCACACACAUCCAGAACGACGAGAAUGGCUUCAUGAGAGCAUCUGGUAUGGCAGAAGACCUACAAUGUUAAUUCUAUCCGAUCGUGUAGAAGCUAGGUGAUAAACAGAGUUGUCGUUUGGGCGAGCGCGCGAGAGCGAGAGAUAUGGAGAUUUAGAGGUGUGUGAGGGGGGGGGGUAGAGUAAAAGAGUGAGGUUGAGAGGCCAAGAAAGAUAGCGAGCGGCAGGAAAAGAAACAAAGAGAGAGAGAGAAAGAGAGAGAGAGGAGAGAGAGAGAGAUGAGAGAGAGGGAGAACAGAGAAGAG